UAGAGAUUGUGAGAGAUUGCUUUUGCAGAGAGUUUUGCAGACUUGCAGUCUGGAUAUGUAUUGCAAAAAAGAUAUUAUACCUAACUGAUUUUGCAACCGUAUCAUAUUUCUAUUAACUAACUUUAUAACCAGUAGUGUUUUUUAGCAAUCAAGCAGAAUAAAUGCUUGUGUGACAAAAAUAAAUGCUAGUUGUUUAAACUAAAAAUGGAUAACUGCGAAAAUACAGUACCAACAACCAAUAAAGUGCCAUUCGACCCUGGCUGGAACGACCCUCCAACUUUCACUUACAACGCCCAGCAGACCACUCCGAACAGACCCCGAAAUUUUCUGAAUAAAAGAGUAGCAUUCCCCGUGUCAAGCACAGCUGGGAUACCUUCAGCUGCGCCUGCAAAUAUUCCCCCCAUGCCAACACCAAUGCCCAUCUCACCCAUGGUACCACCCCCUAUGUCAAAUAUAACAUCAAACAUUGAACCGCAUGAAAAAAUUCAUAUUGAUAGUGAAAAGAUAUUAAAAGAAGUAAGGAACACAUUAUUGGGAAUAUUAGAGGAAAGCAGUGAGUUGGGUGCUAAGGCAGAGAGUAUAAGAAAAAAAAUUAAUUUAAUGGAGGAAAUGUGGACAAGUGAAAAGCUGAAUACACAAGUUCAGUUGCGAAUGCAAGAGUUAGCCAAAGCUCUAAAAGAAGAUAAGCCAGCUAAAGCUGAUGAGAUCCACAAAGCUCUGAUGGUAGACCAUGUGAGUGUGGUCGGAACAUGGAUGCCUGGUGUCAAACAAAUUAUAUACAAUUGCAUAGCUCGGACUGAAUUAUUAGCUAUUGAUAAGGAAUAAAUGUGAUUUAUAUAUAAGUUGAAAUUGUUCCAGAAUAGUCACAUAUUGGCAUUUAAUGCUUUAUUUUUGUUUAAUUUGUUUGCUUGAAGCUUGAGUAUUAUUUUCCAAAUUAUUCCCUUAUGUAUUGUCUUGGUGUGUAUAAAUGUUGAGUCAAAAUUACGAAGACUGAGAUUCUGUAUUAUUUGAUUUUUACUACUAAUAGCUACAGUGAAUAAAUGUAAUAAUCAAUUGUACAUUAUUUGUAUGUUUCUUUGAAUUAAUUAUAUGGCAAGAAUAUAUGUUGUAAAUAAAAU